AUGGCGACGGCGACGGCGACGGCGACGCCGACGAUGGCGAUGGCGAUGGAGGGAAGCGGACAGGAGAUCUCGCCGUUCGCGGGCGCGGUGGACGUCGCGGCGCUGGCGGUGCUGGCGUACCUGGCGAAGCUCGGGAACGAGAAGGCGGCGAGGGAGUCGUCGGCGAAGACGAAGACGUCGAGGACGACGCGAAGGAAGUGA